AUGGCUUCACCUUCAUCACUGAAGAAUACAACGACAACAGUGUCAUCAACAACGAAUGAUACUAUUUCUUUGGAUCGUAUCCGUCAGAUGCUACUUCUUCCACCUGCAGUUCGACCACCAGAAUUCGAGAAUCCACUGGAGAAAAUUGAGCAACUUCUAACCUGUCCGAUAUGUUUAGAUCGUUACAAACAACCUAAGUUAUUACCAUGUCAUCAUACAUUUUGCUUAUCAUGCCUGGACAAUUGCGUUGAUGUGGUGCACCGAAUCCUGAAAUGUCCAGAAUGCAGAGCCGAGCACCCGGUGCCAUAUGAAGGUGUGAGAAACUUCCAGUCAAAUUACACCUUGACUGGCUUUCUCGAUAUUCAUCUCCAAGCAACAGAUGACAACGCAGCCCAGCUAGAGGCUUACAUCCAAAGGUAUAAUUUGGAACGAUGCAAAAUAUGUGACGAGAAAGCAGUGCUUGACGUUUGCGCUCAUUGCGAUAGAAGAGCUUGCAAUGAAUGUCGAGGAACACACUUGGAAAUGUUGAAACGUGACCUAACAAGAAUGUUAAAUCAGGUUAAACGUUUGUCAAAUCGAAUAACAGAAGCAUCUGAUGGUUUGAGUAAAGGAGCUGAACUACUAUCGUUGAACUGCGAAACUGCUAAAGACGAGGUCAAAGAAUAUUUUCGUCGUUAUCAUCGCGAAUUAAAAAAACGUGAAGAAAUGUUCAUUGAAGAAAUAGAAACAUUCAAUGUAACCGAAACGAGACUUAUGCGUAAUCUACGCGACGUACUUGAAAUCGAGAGUUCAAACAUGAGUGAAGGUUGUGCAUAUUUGGAGGCAGCACUGAAAGGAGAACGAGAAGUGCAUGAUUCAGAAUUGGUGAAGUUAAAAAAUGUUUUUGCAGAAGGACUUGACUACUUAAGGAAUUUCCAACCUGAUGCCGAUGAGCUUUUCUCGAAAAAACUACGUUUCUCACCCGGUGAUGAUGCUUCAAAGUUACCUACUGCAAUUGCAAGUUUCGGUGAACUUACUGUUAUGUUGCCUCAGUUCGCAGGACGAUAUUUACCAUUGGAACAAUCGUAUCUACCGCGCCCCAUGAAACUUGGUUAUGAAUCCGACAACUACAGAUAUGCUAGUAAACGCACAGUCGAUUUGGAUGAAAAUAUUUCACGCACGCAGAAUGAUUUUCGCAGUGGUACGAGCCGAUACGGUAUGCGUGUCAAUGCCAGCGUGGGGGAGGAAGAUGUCAUGUCUAUUCGUUAUCGUCGCCGACAGCAGAUGGAGGAGGAGGCCUGGAAUCGACUAAGGCCUGAGAAGUUCGACAAUUCAAGCCAUCAUCAAUUAUCAGGAGGUAGUGGUGGUACCAGUAGUAGUAGUGCCAGUGGUAGUACCUUCGGCAACACUUUUCAUAGGACGGGGAAUAGCCCUUGGAGUCGUAUGGUAAUCCGAAAUAACCUAAAUCCCACGACAACUACUGCUGCAACAAUGAAAAGCACUUUAGCAGAUGAAAGUUCGAACAACUUUGGUGGUUCAUUGGAAGAUAGUUCAGAUAAUGAUGGUUUACUCGUGGACAAUAAAAUUUUGGUUCUCUCAAAAGGAGUAGUGCUCAAUGAAGGUCAGCCAGAACUUGAAUCAACCUUUAUAAAAGGCCAGCCACUAUCUGAAGAUGUUUCACAAUUAGAUGUUUCUGAGACACCUAUGUUUACGACUGCUUCCUCACUGCCGUCUAGAAAUUUCUCGAAAACAGCGCAGGAACCAUUACAGGAAAGAGUUAGCGCUAACGAAUUAUUGCCGUAUUCUUCCAGUAAGUUGCAUAAUUGUGUAAAUGAUAUAUCAGGUUCUUUAUCAGCAGUUAAUUAUACAAAUGGUAAUAUCACAAGUAUGAGUGCUGAUUUACCAUCCGAGUUAACAACAGCCAUGAAAGUAACCAAGAAACCACCGCUGCCUCGUCAAAUAUCAAGUGAUGAUACAAGUUUGAAUGAGAAAAUUGAAAAUAUUCGCACAGCUCAUGAAAUGCGACGUGCUAAUCGAAUUCUAAAAGAAGCAAAAGAACAGAGAGAUAUAGAUGAUCACAGUAGUGAUAGCAAUUAUCAGCAAGCUAACAGCAAUACCAGCAUAAUCAGUGCUAGCAAUAACACAAGUGAUGAAAGUGAAUAUGAGAAUGAACCAGUGCCAGUGAAGCAGCCGAGUAACCGUUUCCGAAUUAUCUGUCGCAGUUCAUCUGAAUCUAAGGAACCUGUUGUUCAUCAACGUUCUGAUCCGACACCUCUCUCUGCACCAGCAAAAGAAGCCAUCCUCGCAGAAACAAUAACAGCAGCGACAAUUAACGCGGAAGAAACCUCGUUACCGAUUCCCGUGACGCACUAUCCAGGUGAGCAAUUGCCAUCCUGGCUCUUACGACGUAGACAACGUUAUCAACGUUCAAAAACGAAUCCUGACCUGCUUGCUGCCCUAACAGCAUUGAAUGGUCAGCAAAGUAAUCUGGCAAAUCUGGCAUUUCUCUCUACUAAUACUAAUAGUAAUAAUUUGAGUAAUAUUGGAUCGUCUACUAGUAGCCGUGUCCAGCAACUCCUCUUGCAAAAAUCUAAUCGCUUCACAGCAAGUACUGGUCAUGAAAUUAAUGUCGAUGGUAGCGAUUUCGUUUCACCCGGAACCGCUACUUCUUCAGGACUGAAUACUGACGAUCGUUGGUCUCGAUAUCGCAAACGAUCAGUAAUCAGCACCGAUCAUGGAAAUCCUUGUGAAUCAUUUCGCCUUUUACCCGCUCCACGUUUUAUCUCAACUGUUGAUUAUCUUUCCAAAUCAAAACCUAGACUUGUAUUCGGAAGGAAGGGUUGUAAUGAAGGUGAGCUAAAUUGGCCUCGUGGUGUAGCAGCAAUUAAUGCUAACGAAUUUGCCAUUUGCGAUAGUAGCAAUCAUCGAAUUUGCAUAUUUACUACGGGUGGACGAUUGGUACGUAUGUUUGGUAAAUAUGGUACUGCUGAUGGUCAUUUGGACAGCACUGCAGGUCUUUGCUACUAUAGUCGACACAAACAGUUAAUAAUUUCUGAUCGCUACAAUCAUCGCAUUGUCAUUUAUGAUCAAAAUGGGCAACAAGUGCAAAAAUUUGGUGGGCACGGUCCAUCAAGUGGUCGUUUCAACAAUCCAUGGGGUAUCGCCGUAGAUGAUAUGGGAGUGAUCUACGUUGUUGAUAAGGACAAUCAUCGCGUUCAAAUGUUCGAUAACAAAGGCCAAUUUGCUGGCAAAUUCGGUGCUAUGGGCCCAGGACUUGGCCAAUUCCAUCACCCGCAAUUCAUUGCGAUUCAUAAGCGAACUGAAAAUAUUUAUGUCACUGAUAGUUCGAAUCAUCGAGUUUGCGUCUUUGAUCGCAACGGCAAUCCGAUUUUUCAGUUCGGUUCUGAAGGUUAUCAGGAUGGUCAGAUGAAAUUUCCUCGUGGCAUCGCUGUUGAUGAUCAGGGUUUCAUUAUUAUAGCAGAUAGCGGUAAUAAUCGUGUGCAAAUUUUCUAUCCAGAUGGUCGGUUCAUGCAUAGUUUUGGUACAUGGGGCAAUGCACCGGGACAGCUGAAAGGUGUUGAAGCUGUCGCACUCAUUGGUAGCACAAUUGUUGUUUCGGAUCGCGAAAAUCAUCGCAUACAAUUGUUUUAG